GAGCUGCAAGGAGUGGCGGAGGGAGCGAGCGAGUGCACGAGCGACGACGGAGAGUGCAUGAGAGCACCGAAGAGGAAAACAGGUCGAGGAGGGAACACGGAGGAGGGAGAGAGUGGAAGACGGAGCAAAAGGUGGAGCACCAAAACGAGGAGAGCGCAUCUGUUGACUUGCAUCUUCUAAAGACUGAGCCAGACACACAGAAAUCAUGGCCAACAGCACUACCACUAUACAUUCAAGUAAUGUCCCAUGGCACGCAGAGGUGGUCCCUCUCUCCCACGUCUCCUUGCAGGUCCAGGAAGUCUACCCUUUCCAUGAUGGCUGGAAUGUGGCCUGCUUCAUCAUCCUUCUGCUCUUCAUCCUCACUGUUCUGUCUCUGGCUGCCUUGGCUGUUCUCUAUGAGCUAUUAGACUGUGGGUGCUGUGCCAAAGGGAAGACACAUCAGCAGCUACAGACCGAGGGGCCGGGAAGUUGCAGCAAGCUCAUGACCAGCAUUUGCAAGGAGCCAGAAUCCCACACUGAGGUGGUAUAGGGGCUGCAAGGAUGGAGAUAAGGAAGAGCGGACAUUUGGGGUUUCAAUGUUGAACUGGGCAAUACCAUAGCACUGACUCAGAUGCCUCAAGAACAGAACUUCUAAAGCUGCUCAAUAGUGGUUCAAUUGCUCACAGUUACAAGGAUGAGGGUGGAAGAGACAAAGGGCAACAGAACAAUGUUUAAAAAAAAAAAAAAAGAAAAGAAAAAAUAAGGGGGCAGUUUGUCACCGACCUAAGUAGCUUUUCAUUUCAGUUAGGAGGGAAUCCUCACACACCUACAUUUCACUAACACACAGUGCAGACCGUGAAAGCCAUGUUUUACACAAAAAAAUAGUCCAAGAAGAAAGACAGAGCACUCAAGUAGUCUAGUAAUAUUAGUACUAGAAUUAGUACUAAUGAUGUGGCAAACUGUGUUAACAUAAGAAAACACAAAUCGUAGUUUAACAAUCGUAAGUUUAACAAACAAGAAUUCCCGUUCGAUGACACCUGCCCUGUUAGUACUGCACACACAUGCUAUAGUAAAAUGUUGUAUACAGACAGAAAAUACUGUUCUAAUCAAAGGACUUGGAUGUCCUAGUUUUCAAACAGGACUAAUAAAUGAUCAAGCUUGGUUGGACAUCAUUGUUGCUGUGAUCCUCUGUUCUUUAGUAAACUGUGUGCCAGUGCUGUCAACAUGUUUAGGGUUUCAACAUCAUCUCAUGACAAGUGACACUUGAUUGCUGCACAGUGAUGUAAUUUAUCAUGUCAUAUUGAGCACAAUGUUUCAUAUGCCUUACCACAAAUUGCCUAAUAAAUUGUCACUGAAUUAUGUAAUUGUGUAGAAUGAGUUUUGUUUUUCCUGAUAACAGACCAGGCAAAGGGAAAGAGGUAAGUUACAUGA